AUCGGGCGUGUGAUGCACGUCUGGGUGGUUACUUUGGAAAUAUAAUACGUCAUCUGACACUACAACCAAGCCGAGACCUCUCUCCCCUCACAACACAGCGUCAUGAUGAUACCUUCGGGUCCACGCGGGGGAACAUUGAAGAGUGGUAUAAAAAUAUAAUGGCUCCUAGCAACAGAUCCUUCAGCGAGGUCUCUUGUUUUCCUUCUAGGCUAUUAGAAUAGCUGGAUUACUACUCUCCUGAAAUCAUUGGCCUCUUCCUCUCAUCGCCAACAUGAGUCUCAACACCAACCAACUUGAUCCCCGCCAGCACCCCUUGAAGGCGGUGGCCACGGCCAUUGGCGCCGGGGUACAGGGUGAAACACGCGGCCCUCGCGUGAGCCACAUGCAGAGCGCCAACGAAGGCCCCGCCGACAUCAUCGGCAAGGUGUCUGGCUGUGUUCCUGGCGGCAAGCGGGAGGACGACAGCCUGUACUUUACCAACAACGAGGGCAUCCCCUUCCCUGAUCCGGCACACAGCAAGACAGUGGGCGGCAUCCCCGUGGCGAGCGAUGUCUUUCUCUUCCAGAAGCAGCAGCACUUCAAUCGCUCCAAGCCUCUGGAGCGGAUGGUACACCCCUGCGGAUCCGGGGCUUUCGGCUACUUUGAGUGCACCAAGGACGUGACUAACGUUACUAAAGCCAAUUUUUUGUCGUCGGUCGGCGAGAAGACGCCCGUCUUUGCUCGAUUCUCGACUGUCACCUUUGGCAGAGAGUUUCCGGAUGAAGGGCGCAACCCUCGAGGAUUUGCCCUCAAGUUCUACACCAUGGAGGGCAACUAUGACAUUGUCGGCCUGAACUUCCCCGUCUUCUUCUGCCGGGACCCGAUUCAGGGGCCCGACGUCAUCCGCUCGCAGUGGCGGAACCCAAAGAACUUUUUGCUCGACUACGAUGCCCUCUUCGACCUCUUGGCCAACACGCCCGAGGCAAACCACGCAGGGCUCAUGUUCUUCAGCGACCAUGGGACGCCCGUGGGCUGGCGCAACAAUCACGGCUACGGCUGCCACACCUUCAAGUGGGUGAACAGCGAGGGCAAGUUCGUCUACAUCAAGUACCACUUCAUCGCCAGGGACGGACAGAAGCAGUUCACCGACGAGGAGGCGAUCCGUAUGUGCGGCGAGGAUCCCGACUUUUCCAAGCGUGACCUCUGGAAUGCCGUCGAGCGCGGCGACCCCAUUGAGUGGACCGCCUAUGUGCAGGUCAUGCAACCCAACGAGGCCGACCCGGACAAGCUGGGCUUCGAUCCCUUUGACGUGACUAAGGUGUGGCCGCGCGGCCAGUUCCCCAUGCAGGAAUUCGGCAGGCUGGUCCUCAACAAGAACCCGGAGAAUUUCCACCGCGACGUCGAGCAGGCCGCCUUUUCGCCGGGCAGCAUGGUCCCCGGCAUCGAGGACUCGCCGGACCCGCUGCUCCAGUUCCGCAUGUUCUUCUACCGCGACGCGCAGUACCACCGCAUCGGCGUCAACCUGCACCAAAUUCCCGUCAACUGCCCCUUCAUGGCCAAGUCGUACGCGUCGCUCAACUUUGACGGGCCGAUGCGUACCGACGCCAACCACGCGGGUAACAAGCAGUACGCGCCCAACAGCUUCUCGCACAAGUUCCGCCCGGACGCGGCCGAGGCGCCUUACGUCGUGCACGACAACAUCAUGAGCCGCAAGAGCCACUACUGGCACGAGGGCAAGAAGAACGACUACGACCAGGCCACGCAGCUGUGGGCGCGCGUCAUGACGCCCCAGCAACGCGCCAACACGGCCAAUAACAUUGCCAAGUACCUGUCGCGCGUCCAGUACCCCGAAAUUCAAAAGAAGUACCUCGCCCAGCUGUACAACAUCUCGCCCGACUGCGCCAAGGGCGUGUUUGAGCGCAUGCCCCAGCCGCAGUUUGAUCUGACCGAGGUCGAGAAGCUCGCGCAGGACGCGCACACGUGGUACAGGAACAAGGCCUUCCUUCCCAGCGGCGGGGAGAAACUGGCGGGUUAUGCGCCGCCGCAGGCUGUCUAUGGCAUGUAAUUGAUGUAGCUGCCAGGGCUCUCGCGGAUACGCGGUUUCCUAGGUACGUAUUUGAAAUGUGGUCCCACUAUGCUUUGGACAUGCUUUUCUAUAGUUUUUUGUUUGUUGAUUUUGGCGUACUGUGGAUGGAUCGGGUGCUAGGUACAAUUAAGGGGUACUGGACAGGUAUGUACAACGAGUCCAAUCUUACAGGAACUCGCCAUCCUUUUAUCCAACACCACUGUGGCUCUGUGCCCUGGCCUGUCAAUAACUGGUCUGCCAAAACCAGAAACGGGCUUCUUAGUUCUUAGAGACGAGGAGGACCCGUCGACAAGAAUGA